GGUACUCGCUUCGGCAUGUACGACGUCCUCAAGAACGCCGCGGGCGGUGAGACCCAGCAGCUGGGCAUGCUCACCAAGGUCGUGUGUGCCGCCACCUCUGGCGCCAUCGGCGCCUUCGCCGGGAACCCUGGCGACUUGGCCAUGGUGCGCAUGCAGGCCGACGGGAAGCUGCCGCUCGAUCAGCGGCGCAACUACCGCAAUUUUUUCGAUGCGAUCAGCAGAAUAGCGCGCACGGAAGGCGUGCCGUCGAUGUGGAAGACGGGCGUGGUGCCCAACAUGAAUAGGGCCGCCAUCAUUACGGUGGGGCAGCUGGCAGCGUACGACCAGUGCAAAGAGGGUCUCGUGAGCAGCGAGAUCAUGAAGGAGAGGCCUGCCGCUGCACUUCACUGCCAGCUUCAUGGCCGCCUUCAUCGCCUCCGCGCUCAGCAAUCCGGUGGACGUGGCGAAGACCCGGCUGAUGAACCAGAAGGAGGGGGAGGUCCUGUACACGGGCACCCUGAACGUCAUGACGUCGAUGGUCAAGCAGGAGGGGCCUCUGUCCCUCUACAAGGGGUUCGCCGCCACAUUUGCCCGGCAGUGCCCGUACGUUGUCGUCACCUGGGUGACGGUCGAGCAGCUCAAGAAGGCGAUGCACCACUGGUGAUGCCAGCUGCACGUGUCUCCACUCUCGGCACGGGCCCGGGCGCCACCCCGUCGCUCGCUGUUGCCCGCCGGGCCUGGCCUCUGGGGCACUCCGCCCAGGGAUCUGGCGUGUUCUGUUUGUAUGUUUUUCUAUAAUGUGCAGUCCCUGCACUCUAGGCCUCCUAGAUGUGGUCGGAGUAGAUGGGGUCGGAGGAUCGCGCCGCAUCCCCCAUGUAUCGCCGAUGGGGCCGGCGGAUAUUUGUUUUAUUUGUUUUUUCUUCCUCUUCUUCUAUUUUGAUGGCCCUCGAUUGUUUGGCUGCUCCUGGGCCCACCUGGCCCUGCGGCUGGCUGGCCGAGCCCCCUCUGGUCCGGGGGGGGCAGGGAGGCCCGGUGUGCGGCUGGCCGGCGGCAUGCGCUUCCGGGCGUUGCCGGACGGCGGGGCGCCGCUUGGGAAGCGCGCUCGCCGCCCGUGGAAUUUGUGAUUUUGGCCCGCCAGUGUCCUCCCCCGCCUUCGGGGACUGGGGCGCGGUAGGAUCAGAGGCAUGGUAGGCAGCAGGAAGAAAA